CGACGGCCGGGGCAUGUGCAAAGAGGCCAGCCAGGGAGGGCAAGUGACGCUAGCCCGGUGAUGUCAGUCGGACCUCGGCUUCAACAUGCACGACUCGUCUCGUCUCGUCUCGCUCCCGGGCGGCGUCUUCCCGCCUUCACGCCUGCCGUCGCGACAAGUCUGGCUUCAUCACGGUCUCUGCUCUCCUUCUCUGCUCCAUCUUCUUCUCCUUCUUCGACCAUACUCAACACCACACUCAAGCUACGUCAUCCCAGCCCCCGUCGACAACGCCAUCAUCGCCUCGCCGCCUACGCGAUCAGCAGCCCCGCCUCAGCUUUUGCGCCGCCUACGACGACAAUCAUUGCAUCCCAUUGCAGCCCCAUAAUCCCGACAACAUGGCGCCGGCCGCUUCGAAACCAGUCAUCCCGCAAAACGACAAUGUCGCCCACGCUCUUGCCGGCGCCGGCGGCGGUGUUCUCUCCAUGAUCCUCACAUAUCCCCUCAUCACCCUCUCCACACGCGCCCAGGUCGAGUCUGCGCGCGCCGAGACGGGCUUCAUCCACGCCGUCAAGAAGAUUGUGGCCCGCGAGGGCGUCUCGGGCCUCUACGCCGGCCUCGACAGCGCCGUCUUUGGCAUCAGCGUCACCAACUUUGUCUACUACUACUGGUAUGAGUGGACCAAGGCCUUCUUCGAAAAGGCCGCCCUCAAGGCCGGCCGCGCCAGCACAAAGCUCACCACCGUCGAGUCCAUGAUUGCCGGCGCCAUCGCCGGCUCCGCCACCGUCAUCUGCACAAACCCCAUCUGGGUCGUCAACACGCGCAUCACUACCCGCAAGCGCAGCCUCGAGGAGAGCACAGAGAGCCUCCCCGACAAGCCCGCCCAGCCCGUCAAGUCGCCCUCCACCAUCGGCACCCUGCUCGCCCUCCUGCGCGAGGAGGGUCCUCAGGCUCUGUUCCGCGGCGUCCUGCCCGCCCUGAUCCUCGUCAUCAACCCGAUCCUCCAGUACACGCUGUUCGAGCAGAUGAAGAACUUUGUCGAGAAGAAGCGCCGCGUGACCCCUACCGUCGCCUUCUUCCUCGGCGCCCUCGGCAAGCUAUUUGCCACUUCCAUAACCUACCCUUACAUUACCGUCAAGAGCCAGAUGCACGUGGCCGACUCGGGUCGCAAGGAGGGCGUAUCCCAGGCUAUUUCCAGAGUCAUCAAGGAGGAGGGCUACGCUGGCCUCUACAAGGGCAUCGCCCCCAAGGUCACCCAGAGCGUCCUGACAGCCGCGUUCCUCUUCGCUUUCAAGGAUGUCCUGUACGAGCAGACCAUUAAGCUGCGCAGCAGCGCGGCCGCGAGGAAGCUCGCCAAGGCCUGAUCAGCUAUAUAGUCAAACCCUUGGCGCCCAGCGCCGUCCGAUGUUACUGGACAAUCCAUGUUCGCUAACCGAGCUCUCCAUGCGACGACCCAGGUGCUCCAGCAGGUGCGCUCGUCCACAUGAGGACGGCUUAAGUGGGAAACAAGUAUGUGUUUCCAGCGCGAAUUAUACCUGUCACUGUUUUCAUGCCCUGGUUGUCUCGGGAAAGGGGAUGGGCUUGUACAUAAGUAAUAGUUCUAUAUACCACCUUACUGGCUCUUGAGCUUCGUGAAUUAACAA